AUGUCAUUUAUACUUAAUAAAAAAUUUUCUGAAACUUAUUGCCAUAAUAAUUCUCAAAUAAAUAAUCGAACUAUACAUUCAUCUUUAUCAUCAAUAUCAUUUAUUGAUUCAUUUGAACAUCGUAUUAUAAAUAAUAUAUUUGAACAAAUGCCAAAAAUAAUUAAAACAUUAGCUAAUCUUUGUCAAAUACUUGAUGAUUAUCCAUUAUUACAAAUAAAUAUUGAACAAAUUCAACAAGGAACAUUAAAUUCUAUUCUAUGGAAUGAAAAUCAAUUAUAUCCAAUUGCAAUUGAUCAAAAUAAUUAUUUAAUUAAAUUUCGACAAUUAAUACGUAAAUAUAUUUAUGAAUUUCUUGAAUUUGCACAACAAAUUCUUAUAUUUUCAUAUAAAAAUAAUGAAAUAAAUUCUCUUAUACAAAAAUCUAUGAAAUAUUUAAUUCAAUUAAAUAAUUAUCGAAUAAAACGACAAUUAGCAUAUAAAAAUUUUUUACAAAAUUAUACAUUUGAAGAUUCAAUAUUAAUAUUAUAUAAUAUUGACAAACAACAAUAUCAUGAACUUCGUUUAAUUACUUUAAAUUUACGACAAUUUUUUUUAAAAUUAAUUAAAUUUAUUAGUCCAAAAUUUUCAAUUUUUGAAUAA